AAAAACUAAACUCGACGUGCCCCCUUCCAUAUUCUAUAUCCCUUUCAUUUUCGUUUUAUGUUUGUAAACAAUAAUAUUAAUCACUGUUUUCGUUUAUGCACUUUAAUAUUUUCCAUUCACGUUUGUGUCCUGUGAGGUGUUUGGUUUUAACGAGUUCAGCGAUGUCGUUUGCGUUCGAGUCUAUUUCGUUUGUGACGUUCGGCUACCUACGUCGUCACCACAGAAAUGCGUUUGCCGCCAUUUUCGUGUGAGCUGAUGAUCACCGGACAACGGUCAACGGGCGCCAACUCCAGUCGAUCUGACAAAACCAUAAACAUUGGGUUUAAUUGGAUAUAUAUGAUUUAGGAACAAUCAUUGUGUAAUUAGAACAAUAAUUACAAAUUUGACGAGUGUUGCUUAACUUGCAUCAUUUUAAAAUGAAUAAAAAAUUAUUUAUGGCAAUGAGCCGCCGCCGUAUAUCAUGCCCAUUGGCUGUUCAACAGCUGUGGGAUGCGGUGAAAGUGAUACGUUUUCAAAGGCAGGUACCAGAUAUUGAUCGCAUCACAAAAUAUAUGACCAAGGUCCACAAUAUGUCACCAGAGGAAGUAGGAAGACAAUUAAAUUAUUGUGUACGUGAUGGUCUUUUGAUUUUAACUAAAAGAGUUGGUAAUAAAGGUUCAAAAGCAGGAGUUGAAACUGAAGGAUAUAAACUUCCAGAAGAAAAAGCUGAUAAAGAUAGUCAUGAUUGGUAUUGUUUUCAAUGUCAUAGUGCUGGAGAUGUUAUAAGUUGUACAUCUUGUUAUCGAGUUUUCCAUCUUUCAUGUAUUGAAAAAAAAGACUUGCCAGAAAAUGAUGUUAAGCAUAAGUUUAUCUGUAAUAUAUGUAAAAAUUGUGCUUCUACUAAAGAAGUUUGUAAAAAGAUAAAAAAAAGUCAGCUUAAUAGGCUUCUAUAUCAUACUACUGGCAGAUUAAAAGAAAAAAUACCUUUACCAUGGUCAGAACGUAAAAUUGCCACUACAGCUCCAUCUACAUAUGUUUCAGACAGACUUCAGUUUCAGAGUCAACUAAAAGGUAGUGAUUUACAUUUUAACAUGAAAUCUGCAUUAAAGGACAAAGAUCCUUGGAGGAUAGAUCUUCUUAUUUUCAAAAUUAUAGAUCUCCAAAUGAUUGAAGAUAAAGCUGAUGAUGAUGAGUAUAGAAAUAUUGAAGAGUUCCGAGCAGAUAUAUUAACCUUUGUUCACAAUAUUAUAAUUUUUCAUGGCGUUCAUAGCAGUUUAGCUGAUUAUGGCCGCUUAAUGUUAAGGGAUUGCAAUCGAGAUUUGGAGGAAAUAAUGAGAUGCCGUUAUUGUUACAAAUAUUCUAUACAAAAAAAUUCAAAAUUUUGGUUUUGUAAACCCUGUAAACCUCCUCAUGAACUAGUGUAUGCAAAACAAGAAGAUUUUCCAUAUUGGCCAGCAAAAGUUUUAAAAAUUGAAGGUGAUAUGUAUGAAGUAAGAUUUUUUGGUAGUGAGCAUCAGCUUGGAAUUAUUGACAAAUCUCAAAUACGACCAAUAUCGGUGAACAUUCAUACCUUGCAGUCUCAGGGUCGUACUUCUCAAUGGAACAAAGCAUGUGAGGAAUUGCGUCGCCAUCAACUUCAACUGGACAAAGUUAUAUUUGGUCUUGCAGCACAAUCAUCAUCUUCUUCAUCUAGUUCGUCUUCAGAAGAAGAAGAAGAACCACCUAAAGUAGAAGCUUCACCCAUUUUGAAACGUAAUGAAAGGAGAAAAGUUAAAGAACAGAAAGCAUCAAUAAAAGCUGAGACAGAUACCGAGGAAUCAGAAUCAAAAGAAGAAGUUAAACCUGUAAAAAGAAAACGAGGUAGGCCAUUAUCUCUAGAGAAAAAAAUAAGUCCACCAAAAAAAGUUGUAAAGAAACCUUUACUAAUUAAAAAAACCAGUCCUGAAAACAUUGUAGAAAAAAGACCUAGAGGUAGACCUAGAAAAGUAAGUGAACCUAUACACACAGAUAACACUCCAGUUAAACAUUUGAAAACUAAAGUUAAAAGUCCAAAAGAAAAUAUCAAUGUGACUGAAGGAAUUAAAACAUCUAAAAGUGCAUCACCAUUAAAAACAAAAUCUCCAGUUAAAGAAAAUGAAGUAGAUGAAAAUAUAACAUCUACAACUGAAAGGUUAAAAGAUCCAGAUGUUGUUGAAGAUGAAACAGUUAGUUCUUCAUGUCAAGAUUUAGUACGAUCAGUUAAAGUACAAACAAAACCAAUUAGUAAAAAACCACCUAAAAGCUACAUAAAUAAGAUUCGAGCUGAAAUGGAAAGUGAAAAACGUAAAGCUAUUGAACAAUUAAUUGAACAACAUAAAGAGGAGAUUGCGGUAUUGCAAGAAAAUCACAAUAUUGCACUAUCUGAAGUGAAGAAAAAACAAUGGUGUGUGAAUUGUGAAAGUGAAGCUAUUUACCAUUGUUGUUGGAAUACAGCAUAUUGUAGUCCUAAAUGCCAACUAAUUCAUUGGAGUAGUGAACAUAAAAGGCAUUGUCGUCGAAAAAGAUGAUCUUAAGCUAUUUAUGGGAGUAUUUUAACUAAAAAAAUAUUAUUUUAGUUGAAACUCUGCCAUGUACAUAUACAUACGAUAUAUUUAUAUUUAAAAAUGUAUUAUUAGUUUAUACUAAUUAACUCAAUAUUUCUCUAAAUUUGAGUAAUUUAUUUUAUAUUUAGUAAUAUAGUGUCUAAUGUUAAACAUUAACUAGAACAAUAUUACUUAAAAGUAACGUGAUUUUUCAGAAACACAUAAGUAUUAUUAAAUUUACAAUUUUUUAUUAAUUUAUGUACUUUUGCUGAUUGACUUUGUACCAUUAUUAUGUAUGUAUUUGAUUCAUUCAUUCAUUACAGGGUGUACAGUAAAGAGUUGUCUAAAUAUUAAUCAAAUAUUUAAAAUAUAAUAAAAACAUUAAAACAGUUGCCUCUUAAAAUAUUA